CUUUUGGCCCGGCCGGCCGCCGUAACCGGCUUCCGGCAAGAUGGCGGCGCCCAGCAGGUGGCAGAAGAGCGCUGCCGCUGCCGUCGACGGUCCCUCGUCGCCAGCAUGGCGAAGCCCGAGCCUGACCCGCUGAGCGGGCGGAGCCUGCCGGAGCUGCGGGAGAUGCUCCUGCGGCAGGAAAGGCUGCUGGGCGACCGGGCGGUGGCUUCCCGGUUGCCCGACGGCGGCGAGCGCGUGCGCGAAUGCGCGGCCAGGCUGCGGGCGGCGGUGGCGGAGCGCGAGCGGCGGCGGAGGAGCGACGGCGCCCCGGAUGCGGCUCCCCUGGCGGCGGCGCUGGCCGGCCUCUCUCUCGGGGCGGAGGGGGCCCUGCGCGGGGCCGGCGCGCGGCGCGGCGGAGCCCCCCGCGGGGAGAAGCGGCGCUCGGAGGACGCGUCGGCCGCCUGGCUGCCCCCGCUGCGUCACGCGCCCGUGCGGCUGCUGCCCCUGGCCGAGUCGGUGGCCAUCCAGGCCCGGCAGGAGGAGGCCCGGCAGGAGAUGCAAGCUAAGGUCGCUGCCCAAAAGCUAUCGGAAAGGUUUGGGAUUAAGACCGUCCACUAUGAGCCGGAAGGGCAGAUGAUGACCGGCUACAGAGAAGUCAUGGAUGAAGAGGAAGACAGCUCAGCUGAGGGUUGAUUCUAAAGAGAACUGGCCGGCAGGCAAGAAACGGGCCACACUGAAGACGUUCUCCAUGCUCAGAGCCAGUCGGGAGUGUGCUUUGCCUGGGGGCAGCAUCACUGUUGCCUAAAGCUGCGCAAUGUUGGGCAGCCUGGCUGUGGUUUGUGCUUGGCACAGCUCUCGAGCCUGACAGUCACUCAUCACAAGCGUUAGGAGAGGAGAGCAAUGCCUGACCAAACAGCUUCCCAGGUGCUGGAUUGAAGAUCAGCUAUGCAGGAGCAGCAGAAAUUUUGUAGCUGCCUUGGAGCCUUCUCUGGUGAGGGUUGCUCCAAAACAAACACAGUGUAAGGCUGCAAUAUUUUUUAUUAGAGUUGUUUCUACACUUUUUUUAAAAAAUUACAUUAAAAUUUGGGGCCUUUGUGCA